GGGACUUUUAUGUUGAAAUGUAGUCUACUUGCUGUCUCCUCUCCACACAUCCCUCCUCAGCGUUACUGACCCCGCCCUGUGGGUCUCCCUGUGCCACUGCAGUGAAACCGACGUUAAAAAGAGAAGAGCUGGGUCAAAAAACAACAACCUGAGUAUCACUAGCACCGUGUUUUUGUAAUAGCGAGACACCUUUUUAUAUCGUUUUUUUCCCCUCCCCGUCCACACUUCCUGGUCAACCUAUUUCAUCAUCCGACCGGCGAGAUGGGAAAUGAAGCAAGUUACCCCCUGGAAAUGUGCUCGCAUUUCGAUGCUGAUGAGAUUAAGCGUCUGGGAAAGAGGUUUAAGAAACUGGACCUAGAUAACUCUGGGUCCCUUAGCGUGGAGGAGUUCAUGUCCCUGCCUGAACUCCAGCAGAACCCGCUGGUCCAGAGGGUCAUCGACAUCUUUGACACAGAUGGAAACGGAGAGGUGGACUUCAAGGAAUUCAUCGAGGGAGUCUCACAGUUCAGUGUCAAGGGGGACAAGGAGUCAAAGCUUCGGUUCGCCUUCCGGAUCUACGACAUGGACAAGGAUGGCUACAUCUCCAACGGGGAGCUCUUCCAGGUGCUGAAGAUGAUGGUAGGAAACAACCUGAAGGACACACAGCUGCAGCAGAUCGUGGACAAGACCAUCAUCAACGCAGACAAGGACGGGGACGGCAGGAUAUCCUUCGAAGAGUUCUGCUUAGUGGUAGGUGGCCUUGACAUACACAAAAAGAUGGUGGUGGACGUGUGAGCCCGUCCCUCCGCUUCUCUCCCCUCCCCUCGCUUUCUUCUCCGUCUGUCUCUGAAGAGCUGCUCAAGACAUCUGACAAACGCUCUCAGUGUAUUUCAAUGGAAGUAUUCUCUCUCUCUCUCUCUCUCUCUCCUUGAAGCCACUUUUUUUCUUAAGAAACCACGAGCCUCGUGAAGCCAACUUUUAAGUGUUAUUGAACUCCGAUCCUCUGAAUAACCCGAAGAGAGACAGAUAUUCUUGUUUGUAAAGAGCAUCCCAGUUGGAGGGAGGAGGGGGGGGGAGAAAGGUUUGCUUGUUUAUAUUUAGUUCAUUAAUUUUCUUUUUUAAAUAUUUAUUUUUGUUCUGGUCUCUUUUCUUUUUUUUUUAAAUACACAAAUACACAUGUAUAUCUUAUAAUGGCUCUCUCGUGGUUAAAUGUGUCAUUAUCUGAGGUGUAACAUUAAAUAAUAUACUUGAUUUCAGUUACAAAAAGUAGGGUGUGAAGUGCCAACCAGGACAUAUCCAGAAAGCAGAUGAUAUUGUUAUUAUUAACCAUCCAGCAUCGCUGACAGUGAUGGAUGACUAGUCUGUGAUAAGUCAAGCACUCGCUACAUCAUCACAUGAUGGUUAGAUGCACAGUUUAUUUUCACAAAUAAACAACCAUUUCUUUUGUUUCCAUUUGACUCUUGAGCAAGUUGUGAUUAGAUCAGUUAAACUUCCAAUCACAUGAAACGUACAAUAAAUGCAAUGUUAUUAUUGUAACACGAGUGAUAGAAUGUUCUAUUUAUAGUUACUUAUAUUGUUGGAAAUUAUUAUUCUGUUUCUUGUCAGACUUUCUGAAGAGAGGAACAAAAAAACAAACCGAAAUGUCAAGUAGAGACAGAUACCAAGAAAGUGGUUUUGUCAUUUAUUCACUUUGAUGACAUGUUUUUACGUUGAACAGUCUGUUUCGGUCCACAUAACAGUCCCUCAAAUGCAGAGUAACAGGUAGCCUGGCAGUUAGAGGUUAGAGGUUAGCCAGCAACCAGAGGGUUGCCCGUUUUGUAUUCCCGAGGUCUGAUAGGAAAAAUCAGAUGGGAAGGAAGUGAGCAGGAAACGAGAUGGUUACUGGUAUCAAAAUCCUAGAUGCCAUUGCCUGCCGUUGUGACCUUGAGCAAGGCACUUAACCCCCCACAACAACAACCGCUCCACGGGCUCGUUGGCAUGGCAGUCUCUUGCUCCAACCUGUGUUUGUGUCUUUCAGAGGCUUUUGGAAUAGUCACGUUUCAGUUACACCUUGAAUAAAGUGGCCUGGAGCGCAUCUAUGUAUAUCUAUUGUAUUACAUUUUGAACUGAAGUUUGGAGGAAUAUGCUGAACCUAUGACAUCGAGAUGAAAAAUGAUCGACGUAGAUUAUAAAUGUAAGUGUGUUAUUGAGACAAACGUGUGUAAGGGAUAAUCAACGAGAGGCUAUGAGCAGCUCUAUGGAAAAUAAUGCACGACGCUCUAACGGAGGGAAACUAACCACUGAGUCAUUUAUUUUCCAGAGAACCUGAGUUGAUUAUUCCUUUUAUAACACGGCUAAUAAUUUAACACAUUUGCCGCUAGAAAUGUGUUCAUUUGCAAAGUAGCUAGAAACUUGCCACGGUAACCAAACAAAAAGAGACUUGCUAGUUUAGUUAACCAAACCAUCAGUCCAAGCUUGCUAUGAUGAAAAUCGAAUUCAACGAUGCCGUUUUCAAUUGCAUUGAAUUCUACCGUGCUGAUAUACUGUGUGUUAUAGGGAAAUAAUCCACGCUCUAGAAUGCCCUUCAAGCCAAUCAGAAACGAGUAUCCAACAACGCCAUGGUAUAAAUAAUGUCAAGGCAUCAUAUUGAGACUCACCUGUAGGCCGCAUUGUUCGUUUUGUAACAAUAUUCACUGAGUGUACAAAACAUUAAGAACACCCUGCUAAUAUUGAGUUGCAACCCUCCACCCUUUGCCCUCAAAACAGCCUCAAUUCGUCGGGGCUUGGAUUCAACAAGGUGUCGAAAGCGUUCCACAGGGAUGCUGAGAUGCAGUACAUUAGACCGCUGCGCCACUCGGAAGGAGAUUUAAUAAGUGACUUCAAUAAGGGAAUCAUAUCUUUCACCUGGUCAGCCUAUGUCAUGGAUAGAGUAGUUGUUCCUAAUGUUUUGUCCACUCAGUGUAUACUGGAUUAGGUCAAUGUUUGUUUAGUUAGAUGUCAAAGCCCUCCUGAGUAGUGCUGUUAAACUACAGAGUUCUUUCUAAUGUAACAACGGAGUUACUCCACAUGUUGGCGUAAUCAAUGUGCAAAUGGGAUGGUGUACAUUUUGUUGUUUGUACAUUUCAAAAACGUAUCUUCUUUCACCACUUUUUUUCCAAUCAUGGACGCCUCAUCGUUCCUCUCUCUCUCUCUGUGGUAUUCAAAGCAGGGAGAUUAACACAAGCAUUACCAAACUACCGUAUAUAAGGGGAGGUGGGCAUCCCUGGCAAAAAUAAUAACAAAAUGGUGUGUCGGAUUGGCUUUGAGUGACCUGAUUUCCUGGUUUGGACACCAGGUGAUUUGGUGUCAGGUGAGUGACCUGAUUUCCUGGUUUGGACACCAGUGAUUUGGUGUCAGGUGAGUGACCUGAUUUCCUGGUUUGGACACCAGGUGAUUUGGUGUCAGGUGAGUGACCUGAUUUCCUGGUUUGGACACCAGUGAUUUGGUGUCAGGUGAGUGACCUGAUUUCCUGGUUUGGACACCAGUGAUUUGGUGUCAGGUUGACUUUGAGUGACCUGAUUUCCUGGUUUGGACACCAAUGAUUUUUAGUGAGAAACAUUGAGUUGGAGAGUCAUUGGAUGUGUAGUGCACUACUUUUGACCAGGGCUCAUAGGACUCUGGUCAUAAGGCCUCCCAUUUGCUUGCAUGAUUUUGGUUGUGCAUGUAGAUAAUCCAUUUCAAAUAAUGCUCUUGUUAACACAUGAAUGGUGACGUUAGUAAUUAUGAUAUUUAAUCAUCCACUGGGGGUACAAUAUGGAUGUUGCCAAACGUUGGUAAAUGUACACAUUAUGAGCAGUAAUCCAAAACCAACUGAACUAUUUAAGUGUGUUUAGUAUUUUCCUCCCGAAUCAACGACAUCAUUGUUCUUUUUCCCAGUUAAAAAGGUCAAUUCCUAUGUCAACUCUGCUUUCACGGGGAGAUACGAUGUUGUUGGUUUUGUAUAUACGUAUUUAUUAAAUGCAGUUCCAGCUUUCUGUUCUGUCGUCCUUAUAGUUCAGACCGCUCCUUAGUUUUAUAACGGCUACUUUUUCUAUUUUCUUUGAAGGAGACUGUUUUUUUUUGGUUUUUUUAGUAUGUGGAAACUGAAAAUGGUUUAAGUUUGAGAUUUCUUUUCCCCCUUUCUCUGCAUGCUGCAUCUGAUGCUGUGGGACUGUUGGAAACGUGAUACUGUAUGACAAUAACAAAUAAAAACACUUUGAAACAU